AUGCAUAAAGAAUAUAAAUCUUUAUCAGAUACUGUAUCGGAUCCGUCUACGUUGCAAAGUGAUGAACUCAACGAAGCUGAAGUCAUAGAGAGUCCUGAAACUCCCUCAAAUGAAGGUAACACCGUCAAGCGACGAAGGCAAACAACGGUUAAACCUAAGGCUGCGCCAGUUGAAAGACCACGUAGAAGUAUUAGGCCCGUUGUCCCUUAUGGUUCGGAAGCAACCGAAUCAAAGGCUCGUAACAAGAAGCCGAUCGAAAUCUCACAAGGUUCUGGGCUUUCCCUCAGUCAAAUUCCACAUGUAUUACGUGCGAUUGACAAAAUGAAGACAAGCGACGACGUCUUGAAAGGGCUACAUAAGCUUAUUUACGGUCGAAUGGGUUCAAAGCAUGACAUUAAAAAUCAUAUUCGUGCUUUCUCUGGAUUUAAGAUCCAAACACCACUCGACGAAAUCGUUCUUAAAGAAAAGCUUGAAAAAUGGAAGAUCGCAGGGCUUAAAGACAUAUGUCAUCUUUUUGGCCUUAAGUCAUCUGGCGAUAAGCAAAAGAUUGUUGAUCGCGUUUAUGACUUUUUAAAGAAUCCUCGUGAUAUGACUGCUCCCAAUGAAGAGAAUGGUAAAGGUAAGGGCGGAAAAAAGAAGAAAUCAGCCACUAUAAAAGCAAAGACUAUUAUAAUUAGAAAAAAAACGGGAAGGGAUAUGUUUUAUGCGGUACAAAGAUCGGUAUAUAAAGAAAAAGAGGAAAAUCUUUCCAAGACCCGAACAGAAAUCGACAGUCUCCUGGCCGAGGCAUGGAAAGGGUUAUCCGAGGAAGAUAAAAAGUCAUAUUCAGAAAAAGCCACAGAUACAAAUAUGACAGAGCCUCAACAAAAAAGACAGAAUCAGAACAAGAAUAAGGCCAAACAACCAGAAAUGGUUGAAGAUUCUGACCUCUCUGAAGAGGAAUUUGAAGACCUUGUCACAAACGAAGAUGAACAAAAAGAACAGCCUAAAGAUGCUGACGUCGUGGACUCUGAUUCAGAUCUUAGUGAUCCACCGAGUGACGACGAAAACGAUGAUGCUGCCGUUGAAGAAAAACAAGAAAAUAGCAGACUUAUGACCAUGGAAGUAAACCUUGAAUUGACACAAUCCUCGCGAAAGCGAGGUGCGGUCGAACUUGAGGCCAAAGAAGGGCCCCAGAAAAGGCAACGUUCGGUGGCUUCGGCUGCCAGUCGUCGUGGUCGUGGUCGCCAUUUGAA